CUAGAAUUUUCAGCCAUCGCCCCUCCCAAAUCCUCUUCUCCCUCACGUCUCUUUCUCUCCAUCCACCGCCGUUCUCAUUUCUUGCACAGGGCAGCAGCACCAGCCGCGCCCUCUUCCUCCUGCGGCAGGUCGGCGACCCAUGCCCCUGCUCUUCUCAUGGCCGCCUCUCCUCCAUCCCCUAUCCAUCUUCUCCCAUGCAAGAAGCCAUGGCACCCCUUCUCCCCUUGUUUUCCAUGGAAAACCCAAGAACCUACUCCUCCCCAUGGCUGUGUCUCCUGUAGGUUUUCGUACAAUCGCAGCAGCAGCAGAUAUGGAAUCACCUCUAUGUCGUGCCCACGGCAUGCUCGAUGAAAUGUCGCAGCCAGUUACACCUAGAUCUAUGCAGCCCCAUCCCACGAUGUCGUCGACCCUUGGUGAGAUCCCACAAUGUUUCUCAACUUGUUUCCUCACCCGACGGCGUUCCUUGCUAAUAAUCAGUGUAUAUGUGUGGAUAUUGUGAGGAGAGAUCUGAGGUCAAUUAGUGAAGAAGCGAGGCCCGUGUGCAUUGCUCGUCAAGUGUUCGGUCGAAGACUUCAAUCAAAGGUCGUCGUGGUUCGUAUAAUGAUAGAGUCAAAUUGCAAUAUGGUGAGUUGAUUCGCUAUUUUUGUUCUUAGUUCGAUGAUGAGAUUAGCAGCUAUAUUGUUGAUGAACAAGUCAUGUUUGAAUUGCAGAUUUAUGUGAAUAGUGUAUUGGUUUAUAUAUAUGCGAUGUUACAUGGUGAUGUUA